AUGUGGGCAGACCCACAGAGCCCCCAGUGGGUUGCCCAGAGUGGUCCCUGGUCUACUGAGGACGACAGCUCUGCUGGAUGGACUCUGAGGAGAAACACAAACAAACAACAGAGGACACAGUGUGGAGAUGGGUGGGGGAAACCAGCUGGUUCUUCCUGUAACAUCAGCUACAUCGACCCACUGGAGAGUGGAGUUUACUGGUGUGAGUCCAGAGAGGGUCCCAUCAGUAACAUGGUUAACCUGACAGUCACUGGUGGAUCAGUGAUCCUGCAGAGUCCUGUCCUCCCUGUGAUGGAGGGAGAUGACGUCACUCUGCUCUGUAAAACAAAGACCACUCCCUCCAACCUCACAGCUGCUUUCUAUAAAGAUGGCUCCCUCAUCAGGAAGCAGCCUACAGGUCACAUGACCAUCCAGCAUGUUUCCAGGUCUGAUGAAGGCCUCUACAAGUGUGACAUCAGCGGUCAUGGAGAGUCUCCAUCC